CACAUGAAACUGACAUCAACCCACCUUCCUUAUGCUCGUGUGCCAGGCAGUAAGCGCACUCUUGGAGCAGGCUAAUGAUGUCUAAGGGACACCGGUGUGGUGCAUCUGAAUGCCUUUAUGUGCCUUGGCACCACGACUGUGCCAUUGAAAUGUUGGCUCCUGUAGGUCGGAUACGGUUUUACUGUGCGAAACUUCAACCCACGGAGAGAUAGCUAAAUUUCCCUUGCCGUUUGUUCGUCCGGACAAUUUCAUCAUGGAUAACUUAAAAGAAGAGAAGGCGAUUAAACAAACAACUAAAGCCAAGCCGACAAAACGCAGAGAGAAGAAACCGAAACCGAGAAAGAUUUUCCGAAGGAAAUCGUUAAAGUCAAUGGGAAGUGUCGUGAAUAAGAUUUUUAAAACUUUAGGCACUUUGACUCACUUCAAAGGUGUCGACCUGCCUGACGCCGAAGAUGACGACGGCGGAUUUCGAGACGGAAAACCUUGCAAGUUCACUGCCAGCUCAGGGAAUUUCAAAGGGGAUAUUCAGGUUGUCAGGGAUCGCAUAAUAAAAAAGAGUGUUACACUGUCUUCCCAUGGAUCUAUCAAAGAAAGACUGUCUUGUUGCUAUGGGGAAAAAACUCCGGGGGUUCUAGGCUUAAAAAACCAUGGCAACACCUGUUUCAUGAAUGCGGUGAUCCAGUGCCUGAGCAAUACGGACCUUUUUGCUGAAUAUCUCGGUUUAGAGCUAUACAAAUCGGAUUUCAGUCAGAGGGCGAACGGAAUUUUAAGCGAAGACGCGCAAUACGUUAGGGGGGAAGUCACGGAGCAGCUCGCGUCCUUGGUGAGGGCUCUGUGGACGCUGGAGUACACGCCGCAGCUGUCAGUGGAGUUCAAGAACACCGUGUCCAAAUACAGCUCCCAGUUCCGGGGGAAUUCCCAGCAGGAUGCCCUGGAGUUCCUGCUCUGGCUGCUGGACCGCGUGCAUGAGGACGUCGGCUCCUCCCCCAUCGGGAACAACCGCAAGACCAAAGCAUCCGCCGCGCCUGCUGACGCAGAGGAGAGCCCCGCCCUGCACCAUGUGACCCCCACACUGACCCAGGCCCUGGGGGGGCCCUGCAGCUUUGUGCAGGAGCACUUCCAGGCCCAGUACAAGUCCUCUCUUACCUGCCCUCACUGCCUUAAGCAAAGCAACACCUUCGACCCUUUCCUCUGCAUCUCCCUGCCCAUCCCACUGCGGCAGAACAGACACGUGUGCGUCACCCUGGUCUUCAGCACCAGGACGCAGCGCUACCUGCGGGUGGGGCUGGCCCUCCCCCUGCGAGGGUCGCUGGCAUGCCUGCGGAGGAUGGUGGCUGACGAGGGGAAGAUCUCUCCCGAACAGGUGGUCCUGACUGAGAUCUACCCCACAGGGUUCCAGAGGUCCUUUUUCGACGAGGAUGACCUGAGCAGCAUCGCAGAGAGCGAUGUCAUCUACGCCUUCCAGGCCCCGCCCCUCUAUGGGAGCGCUGGACCCACACAAUUCUCAGGGAACCACCACAGUCUCCCCUCCUCCCCAUACUCCUCUGGGCCUGAAGGUCAAAGGUUACCCCCCUCUGGUGCCCUCUCCUCUGAGUUCCUGAAUCGCGGCGGCUCAGCGAAAAUCCUGCUCCUCAUCUGUAACACAGCGGGGGCGGGGCAACAGGCCAUCCGAUUCGGACCUCCCUUUCUCCUGCGUGAGGACAGGUGUGCCCCUUGGCACCAGCUACAGCAGAGCAUUCUGGGAAAACUGAGCUACUUGAUGCUCAACGGAGCGCUUGUGCAGAAUGCAGGACUGCUCUUUAAGAUUCGUGUGGUUGGAGGAUCUGCUACAUGCAGCUACCUGUCCCCUCAAGAUGGACGACCGCUCCACCACUCUGCCGUGGACAGAGCGCUGAAGUUCUGCAGGCCUGGCGGACCUCCUCAUGUGAAGCUCAUCGUGGAGUGGGACCCCAUGAUCAAAGAACGCGUGUUUGGGAACCUGCAGGAAGAGGUGGUUCUGGACGCAGAGAGUGUGAGAUCGCAGCACGAGCAGCAUCUGCAGCAGCCCAGCUGUACACUGGACGAGUGCUUCCAGCUCUACACCAAAGAGGAACAGCUGGCUCCGGACGACGCGUGGAAGUGUCCGCACUGCCUGCAGCUGCAGCAGGGCCGGGUGAAGAUGAGUCUGUGGACCCUGCCCGACAUCCUCGUCCUGCAUCUGAAGCGCUUCCGGCAGGCAGGGGAGCGCCGCCACAAGCUCUCCACGCUGGUGCGCUUCCCUUCCUCUGGCCUGGACAUGGGGCCCCACGCCGUCAAGAGGGGCCCCUGGCCCCCCGCCGCCUGGAAGCAGCCCCACCCACCCGGGCCCGUCUUGCACCCGGACUUCCUGUACGACCUCUACGCAGUCUGCAACCACCACGGGGGCAUGCAUGGUGGGCACUACACAGCGUACUGCAGGAACUCUAUAGAUGGGCAGUGGUACAGUUACGAUGACAGCAAUGUGGACCUCCUACCAGAGGGGGAGCUCUGCACAAGGGGGGCUUACAUCCUCUUCUACCAGAGAUGUAACACCAUCCCACCGUGGUCUGCCAGCUGCUCUCACAGAGGUUCCACCAGCUCCUCCGCAUCAGAUCACUGGCUGGUUCGGCUUACAGGGAGCAGCAAGCGGGGUAGUCUGGCCUCCAGGACAUCUAGCGCCUGCCCUACCCACGCGCUCCCCUCCCAAGUGUCCCCCGUUUUCCACCACAACCCCCCCGAGGCAGAGAGAGGAGGGUUCGAGAGGAGGCCGCUGGUUCGGGGGGUUCAGAGCAGAUGUGUGGGCACGGGAACGCCCACCAAGAGCACAGCCCCGCCCUCGCGGGCACAGGUCCGGCACAGGUCCGCCCCUGACCCCGCCCCUGACCCUGCCCCUGCCUCGCCCCUGGCCUCCGGUGAACUGGUGGAGUACCUGGAGUCAGGGCGACGCCCACGCCGCACCAACGAAUCCAUCAUCCCGCUGAUGACCAGCCCCCCCGAGGAGCCAGAGGACCCCUCAGGGUCCGUCAGAGUGCCCACGGGCCAGUGCAGACCCCCCCUGGAGAGGGGCAGUGGCCUUACGCACGACGGCACGCCCCCCUGGGGUAGGGGUCCCGAAAGCACCGAGCAGGACCAGGAUGGGAGCAGGGAUUUUGGCAUGGGGGACUGGCUCGGUGAGUCCAAAGUGAAAAGGGAGUGGCCCAACCCCAGGGCCGGAGGCAGCGAAGGGGGGAGGGGGAAGGGGGGGCAGGACGGCCUGCUGUCCUUCCUCCGUCCCGGCUUCCUGAAACGGGACGCCCAGAGACACGCCCGCGAGGGCCCGGCCCGGCUCACCCUCUCCAACGGGGAGCUGCACGGGGGUCCCGCUGAGGGGAAGCCCAAUGGCGCCCCCAGAGGAGGGAGGGACUGCGAGGAGCUGGCCAACGGCAGGCUGGGGCGGGGCUCCGCGGACAUGCGCCGCUGCCAGAGCUCGUCCAACAUCCACGCCAGACCGCACGGCUCCGCCCCCCCGCAGGGCAAACACCCGCCCCCCCAAAUCCCCGCCCACGCCCCCCUGCUGAGGCCCUGCCACAGCACCACCUCCCUGGGCAGGAAGAGGCUCGUCUCUGAGUCCCGCUUCUGA